CCAGAGGCCAUUUCAGAGCCUAUGUUGACACAACUGUCGUAAUCAACCGCAAAGCUCUUCAACUCCUGAUACCGCCGUCAUACAAGCAGGUAUAUGGUUGACAUGUCCUCCAUGACAACCUUCGCUUCUCUGGCCCUGCUGUUGUCUCUGGCAGGCCGAAUGACAAACUCAGCCAGGAUUCUGGGCAUCAUCCCCUCGGCCUCCAUCAGCCACCAGCUGCCAUUCCGACUUAUAGCUCUGGAGCUCGUCAGGAGAGGCCACCAGGUCACGCUCAUGACCACUGAUCCCUUAAGAAAAAAUAUCCAGAAUUAUACAGAAAUAGACCUGUCAAACUCAUACGACUACGUGAAGUCAGCGUUUGACUAUGUGUCAAUGUCAGACGACAGCCCAGUCGAAAUGAUCAAAAUGUGGCCUGUUGCAGGAGAAAAAAUGUGUCAAAUGCAGAUAGAGUCCCCACAGGUCCAGGCUUUCAUUCGGUCCCAGCCGUCUUUCGACGUUGUCAUCCUGGAAAGGUUGGUGUACCAGUGCUACUACGGUCUGAUUCACCAACUGGGAUCCCCACCAAUGAUAGGCUUCGUAUCUCUGAGCGCACCAUCUCCAGUACUGUCAUCUUUUGGGAAUCCCAACAACCCCGCCUAUUCCCCUGAUUUCAUGGUGGGCCACACCGACCACAUGUCGUUCUGGGAAAGACUAUACAAUGCCUACAUAAUAAUACGCCUUCAUUACGCAUGGAACUGUCAAAUACUUCCAACUCAAGAGAAGAUGCAAACGAAGUAUUUUGGUCCUGGUCAUCCGUCUGUGCACGAAACUGAAAGGAAUUUCAGCCUCCUCAUCGUAAAUAAUCAUUUCAGUAUGAACUAUCCGCGACCCCUGCUGCCUAAUAUCAUCGAGCUGACGGGGCUGCAUCUGGAGAAACAGCGGAAGCCACUUCCUCUGGAUAUCAAGAAUUUCCUUGACGGUGCAACAGAUGGUGUGAUUUACUUCAGCUUCGGCAGCAAUGUGAAAGGCAGCACGUUGCCAGAGGACAAAAGGCGAGCGUUCCUCGAAGCAUUCGCACAGCUGCCACAGCGGGUGCUCUGGAAGUGGGAGGUGGAUAGCCUGCCUGGACAGCCGGAGAACGUCAUGAUAGCCAAGUGGCUGCCCCAGCAGGACGUCUUGGCACAUCCAAACAUUCGUCUGUUCAUAACCCAGGGAGGACUCCAAAGCAUGAAUGAAGCAAGUUACUUCGCAGUGCCUCUGCUUGGAAUUCCUUUCUUUGCUGAUCAGCACCACAAUGUGGCUAAGAUGGUGCAAGCUGGUAUAGGCUACCGUCUGCUGUUCAGAGAUGUCACUACCGAUACUGUUCUGAAAGUCAUUCACACAGUUCUUGGCAAUGAAAGCUACAAGGAUAACAUGAAACGAUUCUCAGCAGUAUUCCGCGAGCACCAGGAGAGGUCCCUGGACAGUGCUGUGUGGUGGAUAGAAUACGUGAUACGUCACAAGGGUGCUCCCCACCUGCGCAGCGCAGCCCUCGACCUCAGCUGGUGGCAGCUGCUGCUGCUCGACGUCAUCGCAUUCGUGGUUGCAGCGGCGUCCAUCGUAGUCUACCUACUGUACAAGGCAACUUGCUACUGCAGAACUUCAGCACGUGGUUUUUUCAAGCAGAAGACGUUGUGAUGGAACUCGAUGGCAAAAUUUUCCCAUCAUGUACAUAAGAAAUAAUAUUUCUUAGCACCUCAGAUAAACGAAACUGGACGUUAAAAAUAAUAUGGGUCAAUUUGUGGAUCCUGGCAUGUGAUAUCUUGUCUUUACAGAAUGUAAUAGAAAUUUAUUCCUGCUGUGCAGGUGGCCUAAAUACAAUUUAUAUUUACUAAUUUGUUAAAAUAAUGGAACUGACAGUGUUUUUCUUCUAGUACAACAGGUAUCUCGUGUCACGAGCGAAGGGAGACAGCAUCUCUGUGGUAGCAAAGAAGCGGGUUUUUUCCCGUACGACCAUUUCAUGAGUGUACUGUGAAUGUCACGAAUCCUAAGGAACAUCAAAUCUCCGACAUCGCUGAGGCCGGAUCAUGCAAGAACGGGACCAACAACGACUGAAGAGAAUUGUUCAAAGUGACAGAAGUUCAACGCUUCCGCAAAUUGGUUCAAAUUUUAAUGCUGGGCCAUCAACAAAUGUCAGCGUGCGAAUCAUUCAACGAAACAUCAUCCAUAUGGGCUUACUCAUGUACCCUCGAUGACUGCACAGCACAAAGCUUUACGCCUCGCCUGAGCGCAUCAACACCGACAUUGGGUUGUUGUUGAAACAUGUUGCCUAGUCGGACGAGUCUCGUUUUAAAUUGUAUGGAUGGAACAGUGUCCCGAUAUAAUACAUACUGAAAUAAAUUUACAAACUAUAUAAAGUACACUAAGCAUAAAAGAGAUAAGCAAUCAUACCAAGAUCAAAACAAACUAUCUGUAUACAGGAGAUGGUUACAUAAGCGUUAUCACACUUGAUCAUACAAGAAAAGUUACGUAUGGAUCUGUACCAGUCAUGGCUGCAACAAAUAUGACUGAGAACAGUGACCUAAUACCUCAUUGGAUGUAGCAAUGAAAAUAAAUUGCUCCAACUUAUCUAAACAGUUGAUAACAGAGGUUUGAGAGAUGUGAAUACACAGUCAUAUUUUAUCACGGCAUCUGUAAUGAUUUAUAGGAUAACAUACCAAAGAACAAAAGUUAAAGCAGUUUUAUUUAUUUAUUGUUUAGAAUAUUUAUCUUUCAAAGAAAAUUAUUGCUAUACAGUAAUAGCAAAUCAGUUUCCGACCAACAAUUCACCAUUUCAUACAAAUAAUUGCGCAAAAACAGUCUGCUGGAUGUGUGCAGAAAGUUACAAACCAAACAAUUGAGACAUUCUAUCCAGUUCCUCAUCUUAAGCAUGUAAAUCUUUUUCGUACCAUCAGAGCAUACACUUUGACUACAUUUACUCACGUAUUCCGCCAAGAUACAGAUCAAGCUAAUAGUUACAUAGAAACAGUCUCACUUCUAAAUUUCUUUAAUUUUAAGUUAAAGUG